AUGAUGGAAAAAGGCGAUGUUCUUGCGCCGACUGUUGGCGAUGAGAAGAGCUAUGAUAUAGCAGAGGAGAGAGGCGCGGUUGCUGUUUCGGUGAAAUACAUGGGCACUGAUGCAGAUCGCCACGAUAUGGAGAUUUUGGGCAGGAAGCAAGUCUUGCGCGCGAGUCCCCGACUGCGGGUGGACAGUAUCAUUGGGUGUCUGAGUACGCACCGCCCUGGUGUCAGAAAUAUCUCAGCUACAUUACAGGUAGAUUACCAAGCUCCGUGGGCCAUUGAAGACGAAGCUCAUAUCACACCAGGCUGGGUCAUCGCUGUAGGAUGGCAAGGCUCUGUGAUCGGCUUGUCAUUCUCGGCGGGCACGAUCAUACAAGCCCUGAUCGAGUUGAAUAACAGUAACUACGUUCCUCAGCAAUGGCACGGCACAUUGCUCGUCAUAGCAGCAGUCUCGUUUGCCAUCGUCUUCAAUAUCGCCACAGCAAAGCAUCUACCCAUCAUACAAGUCGUACUGCUGAUGCUGCAUGUGGCUGCGGAAGAAAUCAAAGAUGCCUCGUCCAACCUCCCAAAAGCGAUCCUCUGGUCCGUGAUUCUCAACAUCCUACUCGGCUACCUCACCGUCUUCACGCUCUGCUUCACCAUUCGCGACCCCGCCGCUCUCCUCGAGAAUGGUGGCACCUUCCCGUUCGUCUCCCACCUCUUUACCAUCACCAAGAGCAAGACCGGCACGAACGUCAUGGUUGCCAUCAUCAUCAUCACCCUUGUUUGUGCCGUCAUCGCCGAGAUAGCGACGGCAUCUCGCCAGAUCUGGGCAUUCUCGCGCGAUAAUGGUUUCCCAUUCUCGGCCUUCCUGUCCAAGGUAGGCUCUCACAUUCCUAACACCUCAAUCACCGCUCGUAUCAUUGAUCAUAGGCCUUCUUUGAGGAACGGCGGUUUCCUGUUGUUCGGCGGCAAAGCUGACCCCGUAACCAGGUCAACCCCUCCCACCCGAUCCCCCUCAAUGCCAUCAUCGUCUCCUUCAUCUUCGGCAUCGUAA